AGAUUAUGAAUAUUUGAAAUACUUUUUCAUUGGUAAUCACUUUUGGAAAUUGAAUUACAAUGACGUCAACAAAAGUAAAUUUAUAACGAAAGUAUCGGUCAGUCUGACUGGUUGUCCGGUGAGAAAUACUCGAUGGUCUGGUGUGUCUACUAUAAUGCUUCAAAAUUUCCUACAUUUCCCGUCAUAGAAGUAGAUCACUGUCGUACCGGUGCUCUUAAGAAAGACCUGAAAACAAUUGAUUGGGCGGUUCUGAUGCCUAACACAUUGGAUGUCAAUCAAACACUCAACACAACGACCAUAACAUUUGGUGCCGACUUUGAGCCAUUACUGGUGUGGGUAUCGUUUCCGUUUCAGUUUAAAUAUCGUAUCGUCACCUUUAUGUCGACCAGUGGUCAGACAAAAGUGUUUAACUUUUGGGAUUCAAACAAACUAAAUGAAGAUCUUCCCAAUGAAUUAAAAAGUGAUCACCGAUUUAUUAUUGAGGCAAAACAGGAGCAAAAAAUCAAUAGUCAAUACCCUAUUAUGGCAAUAGUGGCACAGUAUAGCAAUAAUGAUUGUUCUAACUCAUGUGCAACUAAUAUAAAUGGCCAGGGAUCUAUAGUGUUUAUGAAUGCCAACAACAAUAGUAUCAAAUACUGUUAUGUGGGAAAUCCAUACAAUGAUAUGGCCUGUACACCAGAAAAUCUAAAGACACUGAUAGACUGUUCCCAUAUAACAACAACAACAGCCAUACAUACAACAGCCGGCACACAAACUAAUGGCCCAAUUAAUUGGUUUAAAUGGUUGAAAACUAUAUUAUACAGUAUAUUGUGGUAA